AUGCAUGACCGAACGUUGUCGGGCAGCGGUCAUCACCGCACAGCCAUCGCAGCGUGGUCGUACCUGCUUCCCUCCCUUCGACAAUGUGUUGAGCAAGCGGUACCCGGCACGCUGUACGAAAAGCUGCGCACCGACGAGGCACCACUUACGCCCGCGGAGUCUCAACAACUUUCUGAUGCGCAGCAUCUCCUCCGCUUUGAGCUGCAGCAGCGCAUUGGGCUGCUCGAGGACAGCCUGGCAGACGCUGAACUCCCGUAUCUCCUACAGUGGCCCACGGUCUUCCAGCGUGCUUGGCUUCGCUUGCCCAUGAGCCAAGGCUGCGGAUCGGUGACCGAGGCAAAAGGUGAAGCCGUCGUCCCGGUGCCAUCAUCCUCUGUUCAUGCCCCUGCUGUUCUCCCCAUCGCCGCGUGGGCGCCGGCGCCGCCCUCUGCGUCCUCUCUCGCGCGCCUGAGGGGGCCAAUUGGGGGUGGCGCUCUUGUUCUCCGUCUGGCACAACUCACCGGGCACGUGGUAAACUGCGUCGAGGAGGACCUGAGUAGGCUUGAACGUGGCUGUGCUCCACGAGAGGACGGAGCACCACGCAGUCGCCGUCAGGCUGCCCUGGAGGCGGCUUGGCGAGCACAGUGGGCAGCCUCGCUGAGCUGGCACUCUGGCACGUCGUAG